AUGUCAAACAGACGAUUGCAAACCCUUGUUGAGGCCAGCAAAAGAGGCCUUACCUUACAUUUUGAUCCACCGGUGGUCAAAAACCGAUGCUUCUAUCGCUGUUUAGCGAAGUCCUUGGGAAUGUCAGAAGACCAUGUGGUGGAAAUGCUCGAAUCGUUCAUGAUUUCCAACCAAGUUAUUUCCUGUUUAAACAAGGUAUGAAUCUAUUCACACUAGCCUGAUUUAAGAAAUCGUGCGCUAUCAGAAGAAGUAACUUGUACGCGCACAAAACAUGUCGACGUUAAGUUGCCUGUUUUAUACCUUCGUGAUUGAGGCUUUCGUGGAAAAAUAUUUGGAUUUCGUGUCACAGUGGCUUGUCCAUAAAAACGACAAGAGAAACUUGUUGAGAUUUUUAAAUGUAAGUUUUCUAAUUUUAGAAAGUUUUCCAGUGCUUUAUAGAAGCAACUAUAUGAUAUCAUGUAUUAAAAAAUCAAUUAGAAGCCAAAUUAUGCGGCAAACAAAAAAUGCAUUUUGCAUGCAACAAACACUGAGUUGACUUUGUGCUUCGUUUUGUGAAUUUAAAUGAGUUAUCUCUAAUACGCAAGUUAUAGACGGAAAAGUUAUGAAUAUCUUUGAAAAUGUCACAAUUCUCCAAAGAGAACGUUGCCUGCGCAGUGUUCAUAUUAUCUAUUAGUUUUUAUACGAUCCUGGGGGCGGGGCAUUUGCCAGCUUAUGCGUUCCCCACCCCCUGGGGAAUUUGCCAACAAAAUGCUAAUGCCCCGGGUUAGCCUGGGGGGAUGAGCACUGUUGGAAUUGACUGAUGCAUAUAAGUGAGUUUACCAGAAGGUUUGAAACUCGACCAUCACCCUCACCCCUUUAAUAUUUAACAACUGAACCAAGGCAAAUAUACCCUGAAACAAAGUGAAGGAGAAUAUUUGCAUUGAUUCACUGUGCCCGUGGCGAAUAAUUGUUUUAGUAUAAUUUCAGAGGAGAUUAUCGACUACAAAAUAUUGAAAGAAACACAGAGAAAACACACGCUACAAGAGCUUGCUUGAAUGAAUGUACUCCAGUUCACUAUAGCCUAAUUGAUUGCAAAUCAACUUAACUACCAAUUGUGGCAGUAAAAUGAAGAGCAGUAUUAAAAAAAAUGAUGCUUUUCGAAAAAAAACAAUAAUUUCAUUCAGAAACUGUCCGCCCUGUUUACUCGCCUGCCUUGCGUGGCUAAGUGACCAAGGCUUGAAAUGCUAUAAUCACCUUGGGCCAGGGGGAAUAUAGUCACAUAUGCAUAAAUUCUCUACCAAUCAGAAUGCUUGAUUUCUUAUAAUCACCUCUGAAAUGACAGAAUCUCUUUUCUUACAAAUUGGAAUGUUUUUAUUCAUAGGAUGGUGAAGUUGAAGAAAAGGACUUGUUUCAGUACUUGUCUGACGCAGACUUCCCUAGGCUUGGGAAGAGGCCAUCAUCAUGGCUUCAGGCUGUGGAAGGUCUGCGUAAUGAAAUGACAACACAUAUUGCCAUUCUUUCUGCGGCAGCAUUAUUUGCAUUGAGAUGCACAUUAUUGACUGGGAAGGGGUUAGUCAUUUUGUAUUCUGUUUAAAAUUGAAUAACUCUGGGUAUCCAGUUCCCUAUCUUCAUACUACAUUACCAGUAAUAGCUCUGUCCAUCUAAUUUUGACCUUUCGCUGUGAUUAUGUUCUUAGAGAACAGAAAUUGUGA